AUGUACAAAAACACGAACAGAGAGUCUGACAUCAAGAUUCACGACAGAAAAAAACCAAAGAGAACGCUGUACAGUAAGAAGUAUGGAGUGGACCUCAUCAGGUACACGCAUGCUGCCAACACUGUCGUGUACAGCUCCAACAAAAUAGAUGAUACAAUCCGAUACCUCUCCCUGCAUGACAACAAAUACAUUCGGUAUUUCCCGGGGCAUACAAAAAGAGUGGUUGCUCUUUCAAUGUCUCCAGUGGAUGAUACUUUUAUUUCUGGAUCCCUUGAUAAAACUAUUCGACUUUGGGAUCUCCGCUCUCCAAAUUGCCAGGGUUUAAUGCAUCUCCAGGGGAAGCCUGUAUGUUCUUUUGACCCAGAAGGGUUGAUUUUUGCUGCUGGAGUCAAUUCUGAAAUGGUGAAGCUUUACGAUCUCCGUUCUUUUGACAAGGGGCCAUUUGCUACGUUUAAGAUGCAGUAUGAUCGAACGUGUGAGUGGACAGGCCUGAAGUUCAGUAACGAUGGCAAACUCAUCCUCAUAUCGACUAAUGGAGGGUUCAUUCGACUGAUUGAUGCCUUUAAAGGAGCUGUCCUGCAUACAUUUGGGGGUUAUAACAACAGUAAAGCUGUCACACUGGAGGCAUCAUUCACACCAGACUCUCAGUUCAUCAUGAUAGGUUCGGAAGAUGGGAAAAUUCAUGUUUGGAAUGGGGAAAGUGGGAUGAAGGUGGCUGUGCUGGAUGGGAAACACACAGGUCCUAUAACCUGUCUGCAGUUCAAUCCAAAAUUCAUGACUUUUGCUAGUGCGUGUUCCAAUAUGGCCUUCUGGUUGCCAACUAUUGACGACUAAUUCCUACACUGCAGCUGCUGUCAGAUGACUUCCAUACUGCUAACAGCAGCACAUCAUUGCAAGCAUAGUAUUGGAAUUGCCUAGGUCUCCUAGACUGUGUUCCUGUUCCUGCGUAUGUUUCCAUAUGUCUUACCUUUAUUUGCUGCAUUCCUUUGUGAGGACUCUUCCACUCGGCCUCCUAGCGUGUUCAGAAGCGGCAUGCUACACGUUCGUACCUUCCAGUCCGUGCCCAGCAGGCUUCAGCCGAAGUUGGAACUGACACAGUAUUAUUUCUAAGAGCAAUGAAGUCUGUUUUAUUUACAAAAUGUUCGUGGCAUUUUUUAAGCUGUAAUUGUGUGUUUUCCUUCUGUAAGUGCACAAGGCUAUUGAUGUUCCAAGGUGGAACGUGCAGUUCCUUCCCAUAAGUGCAUGUUUUUCACAUCUGGGAUCUCUGGUUUCACUGCAGUCCACAGAUGCAAAGUAACUUCUGUGCCAAACGUGAACACUGACAGUUUUCAACUUAAACAGCAGAUGCUGGAUUCUCUUGCAGUGGAAUACGUGCCGAAAGAGUGGGUGACUGUAAAUAUACAUUAUACAUCCUGUCAUCCUUUUUGGUGAUUUAGUGUGCAACAAACCAUACAGGUUUUGUCCGCUGCCAGAGCUUGCCGAAGCCUCCCUGCUGUUUGCUGUGCCAGCAUCCUGGAGGGCACAGACAGUACUGAUGAGGUCCGGUCAGUGUCCCAAGCAAUAAAGGAAUCUGUCAGCAGGAAGAUGGAGAAACCAAACUGAGACUGAAAGCACAGUCUGCCUGUGUAUCUUCCUUAUGUAUCAUCUUGGCUGAUCUUACUUGUAAAUAUCGUGGGGGGGAGGGCAGUGGGAAUGGGCCAUAUUUUUUUACUUUUAGAUAUUAAAGAAUAUGAUGUGGGCCAGUAUUGUGGGGUGUCUAGGCUGUUUACCUUCACUGAUGCAGUUUUCCCCUCCUGGUUUGUAAAUAAGCACCAUGAAAUUCUCCCCACACCAGGCUUAGACCUGUAUCCCUUUGCUGGUAAAACUGACGUGCAGUUAGUUCAUCAUGCGUUUUGUUACAGGCCCCGCGGGUUUUUUUAGCGAUAGCCCCGAAAGAGCAACGCUUCCUUUGUCAGAUGCUGUCUUCAGAAUUGAAUUUUAAAAAUCUUACAUGUGACUGUGCUGACUCUGCUUUGCUGUGGCCCUGCUCCAAGGAACGCCCCUGCAAAGAGAUGGGAGGGACGUGCUCUCCCGCUCCAGAGGAGCUUGUGGGCGAAUGGUGCAGAAAGGCUGGCAAGCUGGUCUUCAAGCCUGGUUCCAGUUUCUUUUUCCUGAAACGUUGCAUUGAUCAAAUGCAUCCACCAGCAGGUCGGGACAGGCUCAGUGUAAAUGUGGUGUUCAUUGCGUUCUUGCCUUUCCAAAAAGACUUGGUUUUAUGUGCUGGGUCACAGCUUGGAAAGUCCAUUCUUUCCCUCACCCAGUCACGUGUGCUUCCCCUCUCCUGAAUGUAAGAUGCUGGUAAGGUGACAAGCACAGUAAUGGGCACGUCCUCUCUGCUCUCAAGUGCCAAUCCAAGCUGGAGAACAGUGCUCGAGCAUUUUACCUUAGGUCAGUUUUCUACAUGUUCCCAUAUUACAGCAACGUUCGUCUCAGCUGUGGGGCCCUGUAUAUAAUUCAGAGCAUGUCUCCCUGGAAAAGUAAAUCGGCUUGUAGAACAGCUUCUGUUUUGCUUUUCCUUGCCUUUUCUUUUUUUUUUACAGCCCUUGUCAGUGGAAAUGUGCUGUGCUGAGAGCUGGGGAUGGGGACUGAGCAUUUCUCCACUGCUGGUUCCUUUAAAGUAGCAGCACAUGCUGAGCUGCAGCGUCUGCCUGUGACAGUCGGCAGGAGGACUGCCGUGCAUGAGGCAGUCUGAUUAACGUGAUGUUCGGAUCGAUGCUGUGGUUGAAGCUUCUCCUUAGGCUCCGUGGCUUGCCUCUGCUGAUGCUACCGCACGAGUUUAGAGCCAUUUCUAACAGCACAGGUCUGUGAUGCGAGUUUUACAUCCUCCAGACUGGAGGAGGGAAGGGAACAGCAGACUGAUGCUUUCGAUCUUGCCAAACAGGCCUGCUGUUGGAGAUGCGGAUGAGAGAUUCAUCCUACUACACCAGCAUCCCUCUUCCUAGCGUGUACUGUCCCAUUGUCACCUAUAAAUGCCCAGCGCGAAGGGAGAUGGGUAUUUCGGUCCUCACAGUUGACUAGGUUUCCACAGCCACCUCUUCAACUCAGUCUUGUUGCAUUUCGGGCUGCUUGGUGCUAUUUUACCGUUGUUGGUGUUUCUGUAAGCAGCCGUAUUUUGCAGUGGUUUGUAACAUACAGGUAUUUGGGGUUUGCAGUACAUUUUAACAGUUAAACUUUAGGGUUCAGUAGCAAAUCAUCUUUCAGGGUUUUACCAAGUCUGUUGCCUGAGGAAGUGGACAGAUAGCCUCCAGCCAUUUUUCUUGUUACUUUUCACAGGGAAGCAUUUGGAAGGCUUUUACUCUAAAAAUGCUCUUUGCUAAUGUGGUUUGAGCCCUUGUCUAAAGACCAUUGUUCAGCUCUUCCGCUUGCAAUGUUGUAAAACAUUGUGUGUUUCAGCAUGAAAUAUUUAAGAAAAAGAGGACCAAAGGACUGAUCUAGAAGGACGGGUACGCUAGGAACAUCUAGAAGGACACAUACACUAAGAACAUCAGCGGCUUUCUGGAGUGAAGAUAAAUUUACAGGUUCACGCACAACACAGCACUAAUGCUCAAUUGAGAAUUAAAGCUGAAUGCCUUCCCAGGGCCGAUUGCCACCCACACGGGCAAAGACAUCUUUCUUGGUUGAUGUAGCACUGAGUGUUUUCCAUCUGCCUUUAAAAGAGGGAAAUGUGCCAAGUAUUGUCAAGGAACUUGAGUAUCGCGUGUUUCUAGAACGCUAGACUGGAAAUGUGAAUAAAGCUUUUAGCUUCCAGUUUCUGUGUGCUUCUCUAAAAGUAUCGGGACUGCAAUUCCUGCGCUCUUCAGGGCAGCCAGCUAAUGAGAAAUGGACCUCGCCGAAAACAGCUCUCCCGGGUCUAACGGCGUGUCCAACCUUAGGUAAAGCCAAGCAGGAAACAGCAUUCCCCCUCCAAAUUUGACAUUUAAAAGAUGAAUCCCUCCAUGUUCUUUGGGAUGAAGUAAAUACCUUUCUUCAAAACAAGGGGGAAGUGAGGCUCAACAGCCCACCUCUAAAUAAGCAGUGGUGGUGGCUGAGCACAUCCCCUGGGGCUGUAGGAGAUUUCGGGGGUAAUUUCUCCAAGUUAGUCUUUGAGAGGUUUUUGGGUUGGGUUUUUUUGUUUUGUUUUGUUUUGAGGCUCCCAGGUCCUUGGUUAAUGUCUCAACCCCUGCUCUGGGGGACGCAGGAGCAACUGAGUGAACAAAUUUGGAAGCAGCAGUGUCUCUUUUCCAAUGCCUCUUGACUAUAUUUGCACUUUAAGAGACUUCACCUUGGGUUUGGGUCGGGGGCUAGGAUCCUGGCGAGCCUUUCAGAAACUGGUCUCUCUGGUUGUGAGCUGGUAUGGGGAGUUUGGCUCCUAGGUGGUAUCUGCCAGAUGAGUGUAAAUACAUAAAGUCAAAUUAUGCUUUGUCACAAAAUACUACGUAUGUGGAGAAUUCAAUGUUGUGGCUGUUACCAAUAAAUAUUUUGUAGAGAGAUCA